UUUUUUCAUUAGUUAGAAAGCCAUGAGAUACAAUCUAUGCUUGAGAUUUAGCAGCGGGAUAUACAGCGUUUACCAGUUGAGAGGCGUCCCGGCGAAUUGAAUGAACGAAAGAUGAAGAGGAAAGAGGAGAAACGACGAAAAUUGCAUGAAGGCCUGCUGAAAAUGCUCUAUCCGUCUCCAUCAUCGCCUUCUCACCAAAGAGAAAGCAGCGAGGAAGCCGAUGAGAACACUCAUAGCGAAGGCCUCGACUUAGAUCUCGUUCCAGAUGAAUAUGAGAAUGAAAGGAGCUCUUCUUCUUCGGCAAGCGAUGAUCACGAGGGUGGGUGUGAACCUCAGAAGCUAACCAGGGCUCAGAGGAAGCGUAUUCGCAGAAAGAAGAUGAAGGAAGCUGCAUCCCGCCGCCAGAACAUCAUCGGGCCAUUGUUGGCUAAUGCAAGCGAUGUAGGUGCGGAAAUCGCAGACGAGUAUCCUCCAGGUGUUCGACAAAAUGCCCAAACGCCAGAAGAAGCAGCGUGGGAUACAAAACAAAAUAAGGUAAAACAAAGAAGGAUGGCUAAGAAGUUAGGCGGCGAGAGUUCAACGUUAUCUGGCAUGGCAGGUAGUGAUGCUGGUUCAGGACCAUUCAACAAUGAAAGCUCCAAGGAGUCCUAGUAUUCAUGGGUGUUUUAGGAGAGUACCAAAUUGGCACCUGAUGAUCACUCCACCCUAUUUACAUUUGGAACUUCAUAUUAACAUUGAAACAUUAUUCUUGCCUCUUUUAAUACAAUUACAAUUGAGAUGAGUAAAAA